AGAGGACGUUUUCUCUCGAUGCUGAGAGCCCGAGUCCCUGUCCUCUCCUGGUUACCUGCUUACAACGUUACCUCCUGUCUGCCUGGAGAUCUCCUGGCAGGCAUCACAGUAGCCAUAAUGCAUAUACCACAAGGUAUGGGCUCAGCACUACUGGGAGGACUACCCCCCAUCACCGGUAUCUACAUGGCAUUCUUCCCAGUACUCUUGUAUUCAUUACUGGGAACUUCACGACACAUCUCCCUGGGCACAUUUGCUAUCGUCUCCCUGAUGCUGGGGAACGUUAUAGAGAAGGUUAACCUGGUGACUACUGACAGUCAGUCAGCUCUUGCUAGGAACCUGACUGACACACUACCAGCCUUGACUGACACUCUACCAGUCAUGACUGACACUCUACCAGUCAUGACUGACACUCUACCAGUCACGACUGACACUCUACCAGUCACGACUGACACUCUACCAGUCACGACUGACACUCUACCAGUCACGACUGACACUCUACCAGUCACGACUGAUGCUCUACCAGUCACGACUGACACUCUACCCACCAUGACUGGUACUCUGCCCCCCAUGACCGGUACUCUUCCCACAAACAGCACGCUGAGGUAUACUCCCAGCCAGGUAGCAGCAAUCGUGGCACUUGUCUGUGGCAUUGUUGAGGUUGUGCUGGGCGUAGUGAGUGUGGGCAACCUCAGUGUGUUCCUCUCGGACAUGUUAGUGUCAGGUUUCACCACGGCAGCGGCGGUUCAAGUGCUUGUAUCACAACUUAAAUAUCUCUUGGGCGUCCAUGUCCGUAGAUACGACGGACCUUUCAAUGUUAUAUACAUUCUUCAAGACACUUUAGCUCAAGUCUUGAGUAGUAACCCAGCUACUGUGUUUAUAUCAGCACUCACCAUGGCUGUACUAGUCAUUAAUAAUGAACUUGUCAAGCCAUGGUUGCGCAAGAAAACCAAAUUUCCUCUUCCCAUUGAGUUGAUUGUUGUGGCAAGUGCAACACUGUGCUCCUACCUGGCCAACCUACACAGAAAGUACAAUAUUGAAAUUCUGGGAGAAAUCCCUACUGGGUUGCCCAAACCUACACCACCACCCUUCGAGCUGUUGCCUGCUGUUGCAAUGGACUCUGUCUUCAUCUGCGUUAUUUCCUUCACUGUGUCCUUCUCUAUGGCCAAGAUCUUUGCCAAGCGACACAACUACCCCAUUGAUGCAACACAGGAACUCUAUGCUAUGGGUGUGAGCAAUUUUUUUGGGUCGUUCUUUGGAUGUGCUCCCAUAUCUGCAUCGUUUUCCCGGACUUUGAUUUUGGAAGGAGUUGGUGGCAAGACACAGUUGUCUUCCUUAGUGUGCUGCAGCCUCCUGCUCUUCGUUUUACUGUUUGUGGGACCUUUGUUUGAAACUCUCCCCAAUUGCGUCCUGUCAUCAAUCAUCAUUGUGGCAAUAAAGGGCAUGUUCAUGCAAGUGGCUGACCUGAAGAAGGUGUGGGCCAUGUCCCAUGCUGAUGCCUUGAUUUGGUUGACGACCUUCCUGGGUGUGGUCAUCAUUGACAUUAACUACGGUCUAUUGAUGGGCAUCGUGAUGUCACUUCUGGUCCUGGUGGGUCGCUCACACAAGCCCAAAACUGUUCACCUCGGACAAGUUCCCAACACCGACGUGUAUUUAGAUGUCAACAAAUAUUCCAUGACAGCAGAGGUGCCCAGAGUGAAGAUAUACCAGUUCUGUGGGCCACUACAUUUCGCCAACUGUGAGUAUUUUCGUGAGCAACUGGUCUCUGUGACGGGUCUGAACCCUGCCACUAUUGUUGCUGCCAAGUUAUCAGCGGUAGGGCAGCAGCAGCAGCAGCAGGAGCUUGAGUAUCAGCAACAGAAGAUUGAAGCACCAUUAACAAGCCAGUUAUCUAAGGAAAUGAACGGGACAUCAGAUUCAGCAAAGACCAUUGAGAGGAUGACCAGCAGGACUUUAUGGGGUGUGGAGUACCUGGUGGUAGAGAUGAGUGCUGUAAGUUACACAGACUCCAGUGGUGGUAAUCUACUGUCUCAGCUGUAUAAGGAAUACCAGGAGGCUGGUAUUACUGUGUGUCUGGCUGCUCUCUCAGAGAGUGUGCUGGAGAUGCUGGAGUCUUGUGGUACACUCAAGGUUAUACCUUCAGAACACAUCUUCCACUCUGCCCACGAUGCUGUUACCACACUCACCCAUGACAACCCAUGUUGUGGUGAUAACCCUCUCAUGCACAGUCAUCACAACCCAUCUAGUGAUGACACAGUAGUCGUCCUCAAUCAUCGUGACUCAACAGCUGCUGAUGUGUCAAUAAGCAUGAAAUUGUAAAAUAAUAAAUUUUCCUAAUAGAAAACUUUGUUUCUUUCUGGGCAGAAUUCCUCAGCAAAUUUUUUAUUAAACAGUUUGAAAAUUCAUAAAUUUAGUAAUUGAAUUACAAAAUCUGGGAAGGAAGGGAGGAGAGAUCAUCCCAGGAUGUUUCAAUGUUUUAGUGUUUCAAACAUGGGAAAAUGUUUAGGUAAGUAUUGACUGCUCUGGCCUUCUGACAUUACGUAUAAGAAAUAUUUAAGAUAUUACAGUUGUACCAUGGAAAUAAGUCAUUCUGUUUCACUGUAUUGGGUUAUCCAAGGAUAACUAUUUGAGAAUUAUUAUAAUCAAAACUAAGUGCUAAGCCACCAGGGUCACACAGCACUGAUAGGUUAUACAGACAUUAUACGUGUCCAUAACACGUGUGUCAUCCAAGUUACUGUAAAAUAUAUAUUUGCAAGAAAAUCUUGAAAUUACAAUUGUUUCUGGGUGUAAUGUUCAGGGAAAUGUGGAAAUAAAUUGUAUUGUUUGGCAUUAUUUGGUCAUCCUAUGUUAUAUCUGCUUAGUGUUCUUUGUGGCUGAAUUCCAUUCAUAGUAUCAUGAAAUUGUAAUAAAUUAGGAAUGGAUAAAUUAUCUUCAGGUCAACUUCUCCUUGCUUGGUUUGCUGGUGGUGGAACAACAGCUCCUGGUUUCAUUGUUUACAUUUGCUAGUUUGGCAUAUUAGUACAUCAGACACCAACUGUGUAGUUAACCAUGAUACAUUGUGUGGCCCUGUCUGGUCUUAGAUUUGUUUCAAAGGCAUGAAAAAACUGUAGAAGACCCAGAGAGUUGUGCUGAGGUCAGAAAGUUUGGCAGGUGGCAGAUCUGAAGUUAUGAAAAACUGUGUGUACCAGUACACAGUCUUGUAAAUUUUAAUGUACAGUGGUACCUUGAGUUACGAACUUAAUUUGUUCCAGAAGGCUGUUCGAGUGCCGAUACCGAACGAAUCUGUUCCCAUAAGAAAUAAUGUAAAUUAGAUUUGUCCAUUUCAGACCCCCAAAAAUACAUUUACAAAAAUGCACUUACAUAAUUGUUCGAGUUGGGAUCUGUUCGAAAUUCGAGGUACCACUGUACUUGUCAU